AUGAAUUUGAAAUUCAAGCUACCUUUGUUAUUGCUGUUCCUUUCAGUUUUUCUAGCCUCCAGUUUGGCAGUCCGCUUUCCUAACCAGUAUGAAGCAUCGAGUGAGCAUAGGGAAUGCCUGCAGCGUUGCAGAAGUCAGCGCGACAACCUGUUAGAGUGUAUCGAUGAGUGUGAAGGUAAGGGAGGGAGUGGGGAAUGGGUCUCUGAAGGCGAUGAUGAGUUGAUCGACAUAAUGAUCAACCCACACCAUGACCGUGAGCACCAGUUUGAGCAGUGUCGUCGUAAAUGCCAAAGGCAAGGCCAGCGUGGCCAAAGCCAACAAUGGCAGUGCCAAAGGAGGUGUCAGGAGAAGUAUCAGGAAAGGGAGAGUGGUAGAGGUGGUCGUUAUGGAGAUAGGGAUGAUGAAGUAGAGGAGAUCAGCCAGGGUCGUGACCCAUCCAGUCAACGUGACCCACAACACUUCGAGCAGUGCCAACAGAGAUGCAGGAGGCAUGGACAAAUAAUGGAAUGCCAAAGGAUGUGCCAGGAAGAGCUGCGAAGGCAAAAAGAGGAACAACAAAGCCGGCGCUUUGAGGAGGAUGGCUUAGAGGUAUCCGAGAAUCCACAGCGUGACCCACAACAAUGCUUCCAGCAGUGCCAACGGAGAUGCCAGAGGCAAGAACAAAGAAUAGAGUGCCAAAGGAGAUGCCAGGAAGAGCUGCGAAGGCAGAAAGAGGAACACCAAAGCAGGCGCUAUGAGGAGGAUGACUUAGAGAUAUCCGAGAAUCCCCACCGUGACCCACUACAACGCUUCAAGCAGUGCCAGCAGAGAUGCCAGAGGCAAGGGCAAAGAAUAGAGUGCCAGAAGAGGUGCCAAGAAGAGCUACGAAGGCAAAUAGAGGAACGCCAAGGUGGGAGCUACGAGGAGGAUGACUUAGAGGAAUCUGAGAACCCCCACCGUGACCCACAACAACGCUUCAAGCAAUGCCAGCAGAGAUGCCAGAGGCAAGGGCAGAGAAUUGAGUGCCAGAAGAGGUGCCAGGAAGAGCUACAAAGGCAAAGAGAGGAACGUCAAGGUGGGCGCUACGAGGAAGGUGACUUAGAGGUAUCCGAAAACCCCCACCGUGACCCACAACAAAGUUUCAAGCAGUGCCAGCAGAGAUGCCAAGGGCAAGGGCAAGGGCAAAGUCAAAGAAUCGAAUGCCAGAGGAGGUGCCAGAAAGAGUACCAAAGGCAGGAAGGAAGAGGCAGGAGCUACACAGAGACGUCUGGCCGCCCCACUGUACUAGCGUUCUUCUUGAAGCUCACUGGAUUGUUUUAA